UCCCCCUAAAGUAGGGUGUUGCGUUUCUUUUGCGUUUCAAUAUAUAAUUCAAAUGAUUAAAAUGAAAUUGAAAUUUUCUGAGAAAUAAAAUUCUCACCUACCUACCCACUCAAUAUUUUCAGUCAGGGGGAUGGCAAGCAAACAUUUUUCUAAAGUUUGCCUGAGUUUCUUCUUUUUUUGUUUCAUCCAAUAAAGUGAGAAAUAAGCAUCUUUUGUAGUUUGUUAUAAUAUAUCAGAAACGGUUCUUAAAUAUAUUCUCCUUUUUUUAGAUAAAGUAUAUGGGAAUAACACGAUAGACAAGACAGUUUCUCAUCAGAGUGUUCCUAACUUUUUGACCCAGGCUGUUAUCGUGUUGGUCCUUUCUGGUUCUAAUUUACUUUUACUUGCAAUGUGUAUUGUAAUGACCUGCUGUUGGAGACGUUCAAAGAAGUCUAAAUGUUUGAACUCGAUUACAACCAAUGACUUACAUGACGGAGAGAAAAACGUCUGCUCCUCGGAUCACAAUACCCAAUCUGGACAUAGAAAUACCAUGUAUAAUAGCUACAGCAAUAUACGCUUCAAGAAUGAGGAGCUGAUGAUUCACAAUCCAGAUGAUUAUAGCAAGACAGUUUUACCCUAUGACACCGUACAGGAUGUAAAGACAGAAUCCACUGGUUAUGGGUUCUUCGAGGGUAGAGUGAUACAUGAGCAACCAGUUGGCGUCAUGGAUACAUUUCGUCCUACGGUUGAUUUGAAAACCUCUGCAGCGCAUCCUACAACACGACCCUACA